AUGGCGCUCACCAUUUUCGGCCAAGCGCUGUUCUUCGCCAUAGCAACCGCUAUGGGCCUUUGGAUGCAGGGAUACGUUAAGAUGCAGAUCGCUGUGCACGGUCCUUCAGUUCUCAUUCCCACUAACCGAACGGAACCGGCCGAGUUCUACAGCGAGGAGUUCGGAAAGCACGCAUAUUUGACGGCAAACGACAUUACUUUUCAUUAUGUGACCAAGGGUUGCGACGUUGAAAACCGUACAAUGCUGCUGCUCUUGUACGGUUUCCUGGACUUCUGGUUCAUCUGGAACAGACAGAUACCAGAGCUCAGCAAAGAACUCUGUGUUGUGGCUCCGGACAUGCGCGGUUACGACCCCGGCCACAAGCGAGAAGUUGUGCUCGUGGGCCACGACUUGGGCGGCAUAAUCAGCAUGUGCUUCGCUACCUUGCACGAGGACAAGAUCGACAAGAUGGUGCUCAUCAAUAGCAUGCAUCCCAAGGCCUUCAUGAAGCAGCUUUUCAGCAGCCCUACGCAAAUGAGGAUGUCAUGGUACCAGCUUCCGUUCCGACACCCUGUCGUGCCCGAGAAGUACCUGAUCAUGAAAGACUUUGCCUUCUUUGAUAUGGUACACAAGGGAUUCACGAAGGAAGAGGAAUACGCCCACAAGUACACCUACUCUCAACCUGGAGCAGUGACGGGUACCAUCAACUACUACCGCGCCUUCAACAAUGACAGUGACCAGUUGAACAAAAUAUCCUACCGCAAAAUCAACGUCACUACACUCAUUCUUUGGGGCAAGAAAGACGAGUUCAUUACCACGCCCGUCGCCCAAUACAACCAGGAAUGGUUGUCGAAGUCGCUGGUGGUCUACUACGAGGGAGCGGGUCACUUUGCCCAGCGGGAAUGCCCAAAUCAUGUGACCGAGCGCAUCCGCGAAUUUUCUACCACGGGCAACGUGACUGUGGCCGAGGACCCACAUAUGAAACAUGUGAUGCCGGAACAUGUGAUGCCACUGAGGCCGAGACGAAUCCUGAGGAGUUUCGUGUACAUGUGCCGUGGCUGGACCGAAAUUUAG